AUGUCGCAAGGGAUGUCCUCGAGUCCUUCGGGGAAAGGAAAACGCCAGGUGCAUGCUGAGCGCAUGAAAGCCGUCUCUCUAUCGCAUAUGCUCUCAACACGACUUCGUUACGCCGUAUUCAAGGUGGAGAAUGGAUGGACGCGUCAGUCGCUUUCAGAGGUCGAGAAUUUAUUUUAUCGACGGCAAAUGACGCUUUCCAAGCCAGCUAUGGAGCGGGGAGUCUCGCCCAGAGAAAAGGGCCCAUGGCAAGCUUCGCCCUCGUCCCCUACGCCGUCGCCCAGAAAACAGGAGGUAGGGCCGCUGGAGCUCCGGCACGAUACGUCAUCGUACGCCGAUUUUUGGCACCGCAUAGAUACCAACAAGGCCCGCGCCUCCCCGGAACUGAAAGACACGACUACGCAGGACACGCACGUGCCGUCGAGUGCCUCUGGCGGCGACGCCAAGCCUGUGCCGAGCGGCGGCAAGCAUACACUCGAUACCAGUCUGUCUCAUGACGUCACGGAUGAUGAGCCAUCGUCCAAACGCUCGAAAAUGCACCUGGACGAAUCCGUAGCCUAA